UUAACAGGAAACUAGGCUGCCUAUAUAAAUAAAAUUGUGCACAUUUAAUUUCCUUCACUGUUGAGCACUGAGUCAACUCUUUCCAGUAAACAUUGUCAAGGGAGCUUGCUUAGGCAUAACAGGAGGAAGAAAAAACAGCAAAUUAUCUUAGUGGAUUUCUAUUCUUUGAUGUACAUUAAGAUCAAAGUCAACAAGGAAAUGUUAACUGCACUUCUCAUUACACAACUGUGCAUUUUCGUGCAAAGCUGCUCUAAGCACUGCGCCUGCUUUCAAGGUGUUAAGGUUUUCUGCUCAGAUGAAACAACUACAGAGAUACCUGAAGACAUAGCAGCUAAUGUAACAGAAGCCAUCUUUGUUACAACUGGAAUACAAAUACUGAUGCCGUGGUCUUUCAUAAACAACACUGAGCUAAUGAAGUUAGUCUUUUUGAAUAAUCCUUUAAUCGCAGUUGAACCAGGUGCUUUCAGCGGCUUAACUAAACUAAAAGAACUUGAAAUCACAGGAAGUUCCCUGAAAACAUUAAAUACCUCCAUUUUUGAUGAAAUGAUCCAACUAAAUAAACUGCACAUUCAGUCAAACUUUAUUGAAAUAGUAGAGAAAGGCUGGUUUGAUAAGUUGGAGAAUUUAGAAAUCCUACAGCUGAAAGACAAUAUGAUCCAUUCUGUUUAUGCAGAUGCAUUCUGGCACCUUACAAAGCUUAACUUGUUAAACCUUGCCCUGAAUAAACUCACAACUCUACCCACAGGUCUGUUUGAUAAGCUCAGAAACCUUACCAUCUUAAAACUGCAGGAAAACAGACUAAGUUCUUUACCCUCAUCUAUUUUUCAAAACCUUCCCAAUCUUGUGGAACUUUACUUGAAUGGUAACAUAUUCAAAGAGCUUCCUGCUAAUGUUUUCACUAAUCUUAUUCACCUUGAAAAGUUAUAUCUGCAGAACAAUCUGAUUGUUAGCUUUCCAUCCUGUAUAUUUCAUCCUUUACAAAAUCUCAAAUACUUAAAUCUAGACAGAAACAAGCUAGAAGAAAUCCCUGAUGGGUUAUUUGACAAAACGCUCAGUCUUAUCCGGCUAUCUCUUUCUCAUAACAAGCUAAAAACUAUCUAUGGGAAUGCUUUUAAAUUUUUAGGGAAAUUGAAAUAUCUUAUCUUGUCCUACAACCAAAUCACAGAGAUUUCCAGGGAAUCUUUUCAUGGCCUCUCUCUCCUCAGUGAUAUCCAUUUAAAAAACAACAGCCUUAGUGCUUUAGAAAAUGAUCUUUUUGAAAAUAAUAGUUAUAUGGAGGCAAUUGAUCUGUCACAGAACUUGCUGAAGACACUGCCUGAUGGGAUAUUUAAUUCACUUAAUCUGCUCUAUGCUGUGUAUCUUUAUGAUAAUCCAUGGGCUUGUGAUUGCCACCUACGUUAUCUCACAGAAUGGAUUCAGAACGAUUCUGAGAUAAAAUUUAGGACUUCACCUAGUUGUGAAAGCCCCAAACACUUGAAAGGGAAAAUAAUAACAUCUGUGAAAAAAGAAGAGUUACUGUGUUCAACUUCAGAUUUUUCUGGCAACAAUGUCAGGUCCAAAUUACUGCAAGAGUCUGAUCAAUGUACUUUAAAGGAAAACAAAGAUCUUGGCUCUGUCAAGUGCAGUGUACCCUCAUAUUCUACAAUAAAUGUUAAGGUCAUUGUUGAUUCUGUAUCAGAAUGUGCUUGUAGUUUUGACAGUGGUGGGCUUAUGACAGUAAGGUGUUUUAAUACCACCAUAAUCAUUUCCAGCAGUUGCAAAGAAAGCAAUAUCUAAUAAACAAAACUAAACAUGCCUUUUAAAUUGUGUAGCAGUCAGAACAAAGACAGUUAAGUCUGCAUGAUGAUUAUAAAUGAAUAUACCGCUUCCAUGAUGCCUUGUGUGUUUAUUCCAUAUCAGAAACAAAUGAACCACCCUCACAUUGUAAGCUACAGCAAUAUACAUUGUUGAGUAUGAAAAUGCUAAGGCAUAUAAAUAAUAAAUCUGGGAUUCUCUAUUGGCAAUAUGUAAUUGUUUUUUUACCUAGAACUGCAUUUCUGUGCAUGUAUUUUCUACAUAGCUCGCAGUUAGUAUCAUCCAGGCUUGACUUUCCAUUCAGGUGCAAACUUUCUGUAUGACUGUUCCUCAUUUUUGUGUUUCCAUUUUAGAUUUGAAAAUGAAAUGACAUUAUUAACAUAUGUUUAAUUUACUGUAACAUGCUUAACCUUUUCAUACCUUUAUGUACAUAGGAAGCUCCAGAAAAUAAAUGCCACUGAACUUAAUAUUAAAGUUAUUCGAAUGA